AGCAAAUUGUCCGCCUCUUAAAAGGAGCUAAGCUAAGCCACCAUGGUAAACUCUCUGCCCUGUUUCUUUUCCUUUGCAGUCGCCCUUUGUGUCCUGCUGCCAGAAGGCCAGGCUGCAGCAGAAUCCCAUCUCUUGGCAAACAACAGUCGGCACCCGAGGACCAAGAGAUGUUCUUGCGCCAGCAUGAUAGACAAGGAGUGCGUCUAUUUCUGCCAUCUUGAUAUCAUCUGGAUCAACGCACCACGACACUUGGUACCCUAUGGGCUAGGAAGUCCUUCAGCACGACAUAAGAGGUCCCUCCGCAGAUGCACGUGCUCACAUUUCAAGGAUACCUCCUGUGCAACUUUCUGUCAUGGCAAUCCUCAAAAUCCCCCCAAAAUGCAGUUGCCUAAGGACACAGGAAUAUUGGCAAAACUUCGUCAGAGCAGAAAUCCCAAGCUUGACAAGUUGAACUUUGGAAAGUUUUCAGGUUCUUAUGCUUUCCGGAAUUGAAUUUACCAGAAGGGUCUCUCCAAGAUCUCAAGGUCUUCCAUGGGAAAAGGGUUUCCUGAAGAUAAAGGGAUCAGCAGGAAACUUAAGGAUGCUCCUUGUCUUAGUCAGUGGAGUUCUCCAUUUCCAAAGAUGCUCCUCUAUUAAGGAGUCAAAAGGAGAGGACACGUAACAUUGAUGGAGAAGAAGGAAAAGUCUACAAAAAGCUGCGACUGGGAUGAAAAAGGAACCUCACUGCAAAAUGGAACACUUCCCCUGUUAAUCCAAAGAUGAUACCGAAGAGGAGAAAAGAUCUCGCCGUUUUUCUCCUGCUCCUUGAUGUUGCUCCUCCUCCUGUGCUUCUUUGUUGGGUGAAGAUUAUCCAUGGGGUUCCCAGAAAAUGUCCAGGUGGAUAGCUGGCAAUUUAUGCAUCCAGAAAAUUUUUUGGGGAAACGCACUAUGUACAACCCUGAAUGUAACAGUGCAAAGUCCUUUCCACCAACUUCCCUGGAACUUGCUUGUGCUGUUUUAGCGUUUGAUUUUAGAGGUCAUUUGCUUGUGGGGAAAUCAAACAGCUUCCCCACAAUUCUGCCCGAAUUCCUCUUUAUUUUUCUGUCAAUGCAGGUAAAUCCUCAACUUGCAACCCCAGCUGAGCCCAAGAUGUAUGUUGCUAAAUGAGAAAUGUAUGAAGUGUCCCAUUUAUACGAUUUUUCUUGCCACGUUUGGUAAGCGAAUCACUGCAAGUUGUUAAACGGGUAACACGGUUUGUUAAGUGAAUCUGGUUCCCCCCAUUGACUUUGCUGGCCAGAAGGUUGCAAAAGGGAAUCACGUGACCCCGGGACACUGCAACCGUCAUAAAUGUGAGUCAGCUGUCAAACAUCCGAAUGUAAAUCACGUAACCGUGGGGAUGCUUCAACGGUCGUAAGUGUGAAAAAUGGUCAUAAGCAGUGGUGGGAUUCAAGUAAUUUAACAACCGGUUCUCCGCCCUAAUGAUUUCUUCCAACAGCCAGUUCACCAAACUGCUCAGAAAGUUAACAACUGGUUCUCCCGAAGUGGUGUGAACUGGCUGAAUCCCAUCACUGGUCAUAAGUCACUUUUUCCCAGUGCUGUAAGCUCAAACGGUCACUGUUAUUAGUUGAGGACUACCUGUACAUAUCUGCGAAUGAGACAGAUGCAGCCUUCUUUUGGGUCCCCUUUUCUCCCAAGCCAUUAAAAUAAAAGGGGAAGGGGAAGUUAAGUUGUAAUAGUCCUGAUUUAAAAUAUCACAAGGAAUCAAGAAUAGUUUAAUCAGGUUAAUUGCCACAACUCCUCUUAAGAAUCUGGGCAUCAUCCCCAUACUUUUGUAUUAUAACAAAAGUCCAUCAAAGGUUGUUCAUACGCUCUGUGGAGACUUUUUUGUUUUUUUUACUUCAUUCAGGAAAUAAGCAUUUCAUCUCAUUUUUAUUCAAGGGAAUUCCUUCCUUGUCUUAAACACAGGACACUUUAACUCUUUUCCUUAUGAAAUGUAGCUUCAGUUAUAAACCAUAACGUCCAAAGAAAACUUGGUGGGAUAUGCAAUCUGGCCGAGAAGCUCUUAUCCCAGCUUGUUUCCAUUGUGGUUUAAAUUUCUCUGUACAGCUCUUUAAAAACAUUACUUCAAAUGUUUGUCUUGUAUGUGGCUGCUUAAAGCACAAUGUAUAUUUUUUCUAAAAAUCCAAGCGGGUCUAUUUUACUUUUGCACUUGGGCAGAUUUCGUUCAGUCUCAAAAAAAGAAAAAAAAAAUCUGCUUCCUUGCACAAAAAUGAGUAAAAGGCCCUCAUUUUGUCCAGUCCUAGAUUUAUGCAACCAAAGAUGUUAUGGAAAAGGGAAUUUUACCUGCCAUCUUCCUCUUUGCGUGCACUUUC